AUGGAGGCAAUUAAGAAGGACACAGCUCAAGCAGAGGCUGCUGGCAAUGAAACAGCGGUCAACAAUUCAGUUUUACCAGGUCGUGAUGGCGACGACAACAUCGAAUCAAACAAGGAGAAUAUGCAGAUCAGCCGCAAGCGCAAAGUGGACAACAGCCUCAUGAAAAAUGAUAAGAAAAAGCGCAAGCCGCUUCCGAAUAUAAUGAAUUCUAUGGAAGAGGAUCAGCAUGAACAGCAGCAAGUACAAGCGGCCUGCGACGCUAAGGACAAUGACAAUGUGACCGUGGCCGUCGUUGGCGCAGCCCCAGCAGCCCCCUCGAUGCUCGACAAGGUCGAGACGGCACUGACGCGUCCAGAGACGCUUAAGUCACCAGUGGCCGCCGAGCAACCAAUGGCCGUGCCCAUAUCGAUGCUGGAUGCAGUGCCGCAGCCGUUGUUCAAGGUGCCGGCACCGCCGCCACCAAAAGCUGCUAGGAAAAGCCGACGUCGUCAACAAGACUGA